AUGGGGUCAUCCUUUGCCAGGUCAGCGGGAGAUUUCUCGGAUGGCUGUGGUUCCGCGCCUGCCGCCCGAUUUGCUCCCUCGUCGGUGGGUGGUGGUAGACCACCUGCUCUCUCCCUUCUCCUUUGCCUCCUGGUUGACGUAUGCGCAGCCACCUGCUCUGGACGAUCGUGGCGAUCUCGCCACGUGCCCGAUCUCAAGAUCGCGGCUUCUCCCUCUAGCAGAGGGAUCCUUCCCCCUCGCGUGCCUCCCCUUCCGCCUCUCCCACCACGUGGCCCCACUAGUGGAACAUCGGCACCGCCACCUCUCUCCAAUGCUGGCCUUAAACCCCUGCCGGCCGGAACCCAGGGGGUCGCCAUAGUUGCCCGCCAUGCGCCAGUCGGCCUACCCCACACGAUUCCCCGACCCCUCGCUGCGCUCCGCUGGGGAGCAGAUGACAUCAAACGCGCUUGCCCUGGUGGCGACUGCUCUUGCCGAAGCCAGCCCCGGAGGGGUCCCGGGGCCCCAGGUCCCAGCCCUGCUCCAGGCCGCCUCGGUGCUGGCUGGGCGCGCAGCCUCUGCUUCCUCCUCGCCGGGGUAGCGCCGGCAGCGGCGACGACCGCGGGACCCUCAGUAUCACCCUCCGCGUGGCCGUGCCCCUGCAUGCUUGCGCCCGCGGCAGCUGCAGGCGUUUCGGCGGACUCCGCGGCGGCCGGCGUCGACGGUUCGAUCGGGGAUUGGUCUUACCGCCCCACCACCUCAGCUACAGCCGCAGCAAUCACAGGCGCUUCGAGAGUUGGCGGGGAUUCUGCCCCUACUGGCGCCGGUGAAUCCGCCAGUCCCGGCUCCCCUUGUAACUCCUCCGCAGCCGGCCCCUCCUCCGACAGUGGGAGCAAGACUAAGCCGUCGUCAGAGGCGGCAGCAGUCCCAGCAGCAGGCCGGCGCGACAUCUGCCCCAACUCCGUCGAAUCUGCCACCACGGCCACAAGCGCCCCCCCCUGCAGCCUCACACCUGGCCCCACAGCAGCAGCAUCCUCCCAUAAACCAGGCUUGGAGAUUGGGGGGAUGUUGCCGGCGGAGCAGUCUGCGGCGGUGGCAGCGGCCACGGAGAUGCUGCACUAUCUACCCCUGAUCGGCCUUGUGCAGGGUGCUCCAGGUGCCGCGCUCGGGCCAGGCCCCCGGGCAAUGGUAAGGCUUGCUGAGUCUGCCCGGGGGAGUCCACUUGGUCUUGUAUCAGCAGCCGCAUCCGUCCUACGCUGGAUGGACGGGAGGCUGUGCUGGAUCCUCGCCGAGUAA